AGUAUAUUAGAGCGUAUAUUAGGUCGAGUGUACAUUUCUCUGUCACUGUAAAUUUAUAUAAUUGGACUUUGAACAAACAACAGCAGGAAAAAUAUACCACGUCAUUAUAUGCGUAUUGAUAUUGUUAAAAACUGUGAGAUUUGAGCCAUGGCACCGGGAAGAAAUAACAUUAAUAGCCAUCAGUUGAGAAACUCUUCUAAUAUUACAUCAAAGUAAGCAUGCCAGGAUCAAGCUUGCCUUUUCAAGCUACUGAACCUCGUAUAGCUGUUCCACCUCCCUUGCCACCUCGUCAACCAGUUCAAAAUUAUUCAGGAUAUAAUGAUUAUAGAUCAUAUGGUUCAGGCUACUAUGGAAAUUAUGGAAACUAUGGAAACUAUGGAUAUUUAGGUGGCUAUAGAGGAUAUGGUGGAUAUGGGAAUUCCUUUGGGAAUUAUAUGUCCUAUUCUGGCAAUAAUUAUGGACAAAUUGGAGGACACAGUGGAGAUGUGGAAAACAGAUUUCAACAGUAUGCAGAGGAAAGCACAAGGUCGACUUUCCGCAUAGUGGAAACUGUAUUACAUACAUUUUCGUCCAUCACGAUGUUGUUGGAGUCAACAUAUUUUGCCUUAACAAAUUCCUUUAGAGCAAUCUUGAGUGUAGCAGAUAAUAUCGGUAGAUUGCGCUCAACAAUUGGACAGCUAUUUAGUACAUUUGCUCUAAUCCGAUUCAUGAAAUGGAUUUAUAGAAAAAUUUUAUUGACGCUUGGUCUUCAAACACAGAAUGCUGUUGCUGAAGACUUGUGGCAACAAUCAAUGUCACAAUUAACGAAUGGAGAACAGAUGAUGCCGACAAAUCAACGUAUUUCUCCAUGGAUGAACGUUUUGCUUCUUGGCGUAUUUGUUGCUAUUCCAUAUUUAAUUCACAAAAUAUCAAAUAAUAUAAGGCAGGCUCAAAUAAAAGUCAAUGAUCCCAAAGAAUGGGUCAAAUGUGAAGAUCCUGUAUGUGUAGCAACUGCGAUGUAUGAUUUUGUAGCGGUUUCUAAUGAGGAAUUGAAUUUGAAAGCUGGUCAAAAAAUAUUUUUGGCGCCGCGAACUCUACAAUCUAAAAGCAUACCAGGUUGGUGGAUAGCUACGGACAAUAGGAAUGUCGGUUUAGUGCCUGCUAACUAUGUGACUAUAGUGGGACAAUUGAAAAAGAAGUCAGAAAUAGAAAACAGAAAUACCACUGAAUCUACCCUAAUUCCAACUUCCAUGCAAAAUACUAUUGCUUCUAAUGAAGCGGUAAUGACUGAUGUAAAGACAUUUGAACCUAGCACCAGCCAACAAAGUACUAAUUUUUCUGAAAAUAAUAUUAAAGAUGAUAUGUUUUAGUCAAGACGUACUAAAACUUAUUUAAUCUAAAUCUAUUUGUUUAGAUGAUUAGAGAGGAAAAGGAUGGGGGAAGGGAGAAAAUGAGUGAGUAAGUGAAUAAAUGAAUGAAUGAAUGAAUGAAUGAAUGAAUGAAUGAAUGAAUGAAUGAAUGA